AUGAGCUCCGAUUCAGAAAGCGACGACGACAACAACACUGUGCUGGGCGACGUAAAACAUGUGCUGGACAGCAUAGGGAUUCCAAAUCGAUCUCGCUGUAUGAGGGAGCCAGAUGUCGUGGUGGUGGUUGGCAAAGAACAAGAAGAAUUCCAAAUGUCCAGCUUUGCCUUGCGUCUUGUCAGCGACUACUUUGAUGCUGCAUUUCGUAGUGGCAUGAAGGAAGCCGCAUUUGGAAGAUUCGAAUUCCUCGAAAAGAAGCGGGAGGAGUGGGAAUUGAUCAUGUCGAUCAUGGACCCAUUCUCGAACGUGGUAGUUUCCAAUGACAAUGUCGACAUGCUGCUGCCCUGGUUCGAUGAGCUUUGCAUGCCACAGGGACUUGACGAAAGUGACAAAGUCCUCUUCGAAUCUCGUCUCGGGAGUGGAACCAUUGUCGUGUCGAACCACCAAGUUGUAGAAUUGUUGUCAACGAGUCUACGGUACAAUCUUGCACGAACCAAAGCACACUGCUUUCAGCAUGUGCGUGCUCUAUUCAAUCGAGCGUCAUCCACCGGUUGUUGGCAAAGCGAAGAGGAGAUUGGCCGUGUCUUGGAGCUCGUGGCCGCUCAUGCGGAUUGCCGCCGACAGCUUUGGGAUGUCUUUCAACAGUACAUUCCAACGACCAUUAUGGACUCAAGCGAACAGGACGUGUUGAUACGAAGUGGUCUUCUGGAAAGCUUUAUCGUGGCGGAUAUCAAAAUGAAGAAACACGAGCGAGAGCUGGACGCUUUGCAGAAAAAAGUGGUGCGCCACAGGAACCUGAUGCGUGGUUGCAAUGAUUGUUGGAGAAAUGUGUUAUGA